UGCGGGACGCGCCCCCACCCCACCACACCCACCCCACGGCUGCUGAAUGAGGCUUCCAGGCGUCCGCGCCCGGCCCGCCGCGCCCCGCCGGAGGUGCGCCCGCUGAGACCGGCCAGGGUGCGGGCAGCCCGCCGGGGCCGCGCUCACCUGCCAGCUCGCCCAGCCAUGGGGCCACCUGGGAACGACAGCGACUUCUUGCUGGCGCCCAACGCGAGCCACGCGCCGGACCAGGACCUGACGGAGGAGCGGGACGAGGCGUGGGUGGUGGGCAUGGCCAUGCUCAUGUCGCUGAUCGUCCUGGCCAUCGUCUUUGGCAACGUGUUGGUCAUCACCGCCGUGGCCAAGUUCGAGCGCCUGCAGACGGUCACCAACUACUUCAUCACCUCCCUGGCCUGUGCGGAUCUCGUCAUGGGCCUGGCCGUGGUGCCUUUCGGGGCCAGUCACAUCCUCAUGAAGAUGUGGACUUUUGGCAACUUCUGGUGUGAGUUCUGGACGGCUAUCGACGUGCUGUGUGUCACGGCCAGCAUCGAGACCCUGUGUGUGAUUGCCGUGGACCGCUACUUUGCCAUCACCUCCCCCUUCAAGUACCAGAGCCUGCUGACCAAGAAUAAGGCCCGUGUCGUCAUUCUGAUGGUGUGGAUUGUGUCGGGUCUUACCUCUUUCUUACCUAUCCAGAUGCACUGGUACAGGGCCUCCAACCUGGACGCCAUCAAAUGCUACGCCAAGGAGACCUGCUGCGACUUUUUCACGAACCGGGCCUAUGCCAUUGCUUCCUCCAUCGUGUCCUUCUAUUUGCCUCUGGUGGUCAUGGUGUUUGUCUACUCUAGGGUCUUCCAGGUAGCCAAAAGGCAGCUCCAGAAGAUUGACAAAUCCGAGGGUCGAUUCCACGCCCAAAACCUCAGCCAGGUGGAGCAGGAUGGGCGGAGCGGGCACGGACUCCGCAGGUCCUCCAAGUUCUGUCUGAAGGAGCACAAAGCCCUCAAGACCUUAGGCAUCAUCAUGGGCAUUUUCACGCUUUGCUGGCUGCCCUUCUUCAUCGUCAACGUCGUGAACUCCAUCCAGGAGAACCUCAUCCCUAAGCAAGUUUACAUCCUCCUCAACUGGCUGGGCUAUGUCAACUCGGCCUUCAAUCCCCUGAUCUACUGCCGGAGCCCGGAUUUCAGGAUUGCCUUCCAGGAGCUUCUGUGCCUGCGCGGGUCUUCUUUGAAGGCCUAUGGGAAUGGCUACUCCAGCAACAGCAAUGGCAAGACGGACUACCCAGGGGAGCAGAGUGGCUGUCCCCGGGGGCAGGAGAAGGAAGACGAACUGCUGUGUGAGGACCCCCCAGCCAUGGAAGACUUUGGGAACUGUCAAGGUACUGUGGCUAGCGAUAGCAUUGAUUCCCAAGGGAGGAACUGUAGCACAAAUGACUCACUGCUGUGAUGCAGGUUUUCUACUUUUUAAGAUUCCUCUCCCCACCACAGAACACUAACCAGACUAUUUAACGUGAGUGUAAUAAAGUUAGAAUAAAAUUGUACAGAGAAUUUUUUUUCAAGAGGAGGGCAUCCUUCUGCCUUUUUUUUAUUUUUUUAAGCUGUAAAAGAGAUAGAGAGAAAUAUGUAUUUGAGUGGUUAUUUGUGUCUUGUACAGGUCAGUUCCUUUUUUUGCAUGGAACUUAUGUGUAUGUCUGAAAGGCAUUGGUCCUAGAGGACCUGGGUCUUUAUGUUUCCAUGAUCUUUCCAUGUAUCUACCUCAUUGGUCAAGUAUUAGGGGGUAACAUAUUGCUGCUGGAAAUUUGUAUCUGAAGAGUUUCCUUCCUGCACCCUCGGACUUGAAAAAUCCUGAGUAUCUGGGACUUUUUUUUUUCAGCUGUGAAUGUGGACUCUUCCCCAGCUCCUCUUAUUUGCUCAAAUGGAGUGUGGUAGGCAGGGAUUUGAGGGACAGCUUCAGUUGUUUUUCUGAGCAAAGUCUAAAGUUUACAGUAAAUAAAUUGUUUGACCAUGACUUCAUUGCA